AUGCCGUACAUUUCACCAAGUAUAAAACGCUCGUGGGGAUCUCAAGCUGCAUCAGUCAAUACUAAGGAGCCAACACAAUCUAAAUCUAACAACAUGAUUGCUUUCAGAACAACAGCCAUCCUCCUGCUCAUCGCAUACUCCAGUGCCAGACCCUCUGAGGAAUGGGAACCUGAAGGUCACUCUCACUCCGAGCACACGAAGCCCUAUCACGUGACCGUGAUAAAGAAGAUUGGAGUACCAAUUCCUCAUCCAGUAGCCAUUUCUGUGCCACAAUACGUCAAGGUCCCCAUCCCACAACCCUACCCCGUACAUGUAACAGUUGAACAACCGAUCCAUGUACCAGUUUACAAGGUCGUCCCGCAAGUGGUAGAAAAGCCAGUGCCCUACACGGUAGAGAAGCCCGUGCCUUAUGAAGUCGAGAAGCCCUACCCCGUAGAAGUUGAAAAGAAGGUGGAAGUGCCAAUCCCUAAACCCUACCCCGUCCAUGUACCUGUAUACAAACACAUCUACCACCAUAAGGGAGGAAAACAU